AUGAAAAAAUCUCCUUUCAAAACCAAAGAAGAUUCAAGACCAGCAGAAAGAUUUGACCCGAAAGAAAGCCACUUUGGAGGUCGAGCAGGGCAGAGACGAAGAAAUUUUGCAAAGUUUCUCAAUUGCAAAGGCAAUCCGACAGUUUUUGUUAGCGCCACCAAUCAUCAAACAACGGAAGCAAAGCUCAUCGCAACCAUUCCAAAAAUGCGGCCAGGAAUCUUUCAAUCCCCAGCCUCUAACUACGAUCGAAUCAAUUCAACACCCAAUCCACGAAUCCGCCAAGCCUCAAUGGCCUUUGGGUUUGACUUUGAACGCCCUCAACAAACUCCCCCAAUGCUCCGUUCCCAAGCUUUCCAACGGGGUGACCUGGAUUCCAGCGGGGAGCCUAACUAUCGCUCGGUGCUAGACGAUGAACCACCAAGCACCUCUAACAGCUCGCAGAGAGGUUUUGGCAAUGGGCACAGGGGCAAUGAAGGACCCAAUGACCCUAAUUUGGCUUUGGAGCUGAUUGAAAGUUUGGGUGACUCUUUUGGACUCAGUUCAACUGAAAAGUCUGAUGUGAAAGAAAUAUUUCAGCACACCGACUCCUUCGCACGUGAAGUAGCCACCGUCUGUUUUUUUCGAUCACAGUUUGCGAGACUCGAAAAAUCUAUUAACGAAAAAUCAAUGGCCUCCUCGACAAUCAUUCAACAUCAAGGUGAUCAAGCCUACGGAUGGAAAGGCGGCGAAGGGGUGCGAUCAUUCAUCCGGGAGAAAAUCCGUGAAGCCCUUGUAGGCAGUCACGUUCAGGCGUACGCGACAAAUUUCACCACUGACAACGACCCUGUUCUCGACUCGCUUGAGAAUCACAUUGUAGGGGUUUUGGUUGCAGCCCCAAACAAAGUCCCUGACUACAACCUGCCCGAAGAUUUUCGAUCCAGCGAACCGACCGCGGACACAGCGGUGCGCAAGGUUAUUAAAGAAAUAGCUAAGACGGAGAGGGCAAAGUUCCAGGACACAUCACCUCGAAUGCCCAUCAAAUCAAGCAGCUCCUCCUCUACAUCAAAGACCCCCCUUUAA